GUGAAUGCACCAGCUGUGACAUCUCCUAUCGCCACCAACGUCCUCCUUCAUCCACCUUUUCACUUCACCCAUUAUCAUCCUGUCGCGUUCCCCCCUCCUCACCAUCGUCGCGCGAAAUACACCAUCAUCGUCCUAAUUAAAUAAUGUCGCAAACCCCUUGGACGAUCCGAAUCCGGUGACACGACUGCACCGUGUCAGGCUGAUUCCAGUGGGAUUUGAAAAGCCCAGCAUUGAAAGACCAAAGAUCCUAGCUUUCUCCUUAUCCACCAUCACCACCAUUGUCCAAGUCGAGUACCUACGACCAGAGUUGACACCCUCCGACAAUUAGGCAAUGGAGAUUUCGGACAAAAUUGAAAGAUAAAGAGUGUGCUUCAAGGUUCGGCCCAACAGAGCAAAAAGACCUGCGAUCGAGAAGACUCGCAAUAGCGGAACCACCAGCUACUUUCGCGACAAUGUCUGGCUCAACACCAUUCACGGCUCGUUCGCCAACGCAGUCAAACCAGUACCCACCAUAUUCACCAACUCACCCGAACCGCCCUUUCUUUGGUCAUGAGCCUUUUCAAAUACCUCCUCCACAACACCUCAUGCGAACUCCUCCACCUUUCCAACCUGCCCCUUUGUCGCAAAGCCCUCUUCACAAUCGUCCACCUGCAUUAACAUCACCAUUGCCUGCGCCAAAUGGUCUGCCGCCUCCGCCUGUCCCAGUAGGCAACGGGCCUCAGUACCCACAGCCACUGACAUCGAGUCCCCCAUUUUCUCUUCAAAGAACAUACUCAGGACAUUUUAUACCUCCGCCUCCGAGCAUGGGUUCACAAUAUGAUGGCCCUCCGCACGCACACCCCCCAGGCUCGGCGAUGCAAUCGCCUAUUAGGGAGCAUCAUAGUCUCAGUAACGGGCGACCCGCCGAGAACUAUCAUGCUGAGUCGCGUCCUCAGUCAAAAGAUAAACCUGAUCGAGCGAGUAAUCCCAUGUCAUUUGCAAGCAUACUGGGCCCUUCGAACAAUGAGCCGGCUCCCAAACCUGUUGAGACCAGACUUCCACGGCCUCCAACACCGCCGCCAAAGCCAGUGACAGAAGCCGAAAAUCUGCUUGAGGACUCAUCGGUCAUCAAACAACAAGAGGCUGACAACCCAAAGCAGUUAACAAAUGGUGACAUGCCGGAACAGACAAAGACAGACAUGGUGCAGAUAGUAACAAGAUAUGUUGCACCAGCCAAACCAAGGAAGAUCUUAACUGAACUUGAGGCGGACAAGAUUCUGAAAGCUCUCAACCAGAUGGAGGAAGGUCCACAGAGCGACGUGGAAGGUGAAGGUGCUGGUUUCUAUGAACAAAAAGAGCGCUACAAGCAGAGAAGCAGGAAAAGAGCGGCAGAAAUAAGCGAGACAGAACUGCGGAAACGCAAGCGGCGGCGAGAAUAUACCCUCGACUCUUUCAUCAGACCAUUCGAGUCUCACGCUACCGCGGCCGCUCAACGCUUCCGUGCUCAGGUCGAACCCAUCGCUGCCAAAGAGAUAGCCGAUAAAGACAUCGCGAGCGAGAAGGAACGUAAAAAGGAUAUGCAACGAAAGCGACGUCGUGAACAACAAAUCCGCAACGAAAGAGAAAAGCUCGAAGAACUCGAGGAGCGCGCCAGAAACGCAGAAGACCAAGAGGAGGCGCAGAAAUAUCUGAAACAGGCCGAAAAGUCCCAAGCUCGGAUCAGACAAACCGCUGAACUGCUUGAAGGCGUUCCUCCGCAGGAAGAUCUCGAAGUCACAGCACCAGCUCCUAAUUACGAAGGUGGCAUUACAUCCUCGUUCCAGCUGGCUUCGCCCGAGCCUGGUGAGCCGCCCAAGAAGCGAACCAAGAAAGAACCCGGGGCACCUUCUGCACGCCUGAAGAAGUCCAAAGAGAAGAAACAGGCAGAAAAGGACGCUGCAGAGGCCGCGUAUCUCGCCAUGCAGGAAAAGGAACUGGCCGCUAUCGCUCCUAAGGAGGAGACCCCAGUCGCCACCACAAAGGGCAAGAAGUCGAAAGAUAAAGAGAAAGAGAAAGAGGCCGCAGUUCAACAGGGGAUCAACUAUGAUUCGAAAGGCUACAACCAAAUCUACGAGCAAAUCUGGAGGGACAUGGCCAGGAAGGAUAUUCCAAAGGUCUAUCGGAUCAAGCAAGUGUCUCUCAGUACCAAACAAGAAAACCUGCGCAAGACCGCCAUUCUGGCAAGCAAACAAGCGCGCAAAUGGCAGGAACGUACAAACAAGAGCAUGAAAGAUACCCAAGCACGGGCCAAGCGUGUCAUGCGUGAGAUGAUGUCGUUCUGGAAGCGCAACGAACGUGAAGAGCGCGAUCUCCGGCGAAUGGCUGAGCGAAAGGAGAUCGAAGAUGCGAAGAAGGCUGAGGCUGACCGCGAAGCCAAUCGACAGAAGCGAAAACUCAACUUUCUCAUCUCACAGACAGAAAUUUACUCCCAUUUCAUUUCACGCAAGGUCAAGACAGACGAGAUCGAGCAGUCGACCAAUGACCCUGACAUUGCUGGCUCUGGGGAGAAAACAGAGCGUUCUGGUGCGAGGGAAAACCGUGCUAUGGAUAGUAUGACGUUGUCAAAGGAGCAUGGUAAUCACAAAAUGACGAGCUUUGAGGAUCUCGAUUUCGACGCCGAAGACGACUCGGACCUGAAGAGAGCCGCAAUGGCCAAUGCGGCCAGCGCUUUGCAGGAUGCACAGGACAAGGCUCGGAACUUCAAUGGCGACGACCCUAUGGCUGCAUUCGACUCCAGCGACAUGAACUUCACAGACCCGACCAUGGCAGGAGACGUCCAAGUUUCUCAACCCAAAAUGCUGCAAGCUCAACUCAAGGAAUACCAGCUUAAAGGUCUCAACUGGCUGGUCAACCUCUACGAGCAAGGCAUCAACGGUAUCCUGGCAGACGAAAUGGGUCUCGGCAAGACUGUACAGUCUAUCUCGGUCAUGGGCUAUCUGGCGGAGCGUCACAAUAUCUGGGGUCCUUUCCUGGUGAUUGCUCCUGCUUCAACAUUGCACAACUGGCAACAAGAGAUUACGAGGUUCGUGCCAGCAAUCAAAGUCUUGCCCUACUGGGGUAAUGCAAAGGACCGGAAAGUUCUGCGCAAAUUCUGGGAUCGGAAACACGUCACCUACACAAAAGACUCGGAAUUCCACGUGCUUGUCACGUCGUACCAGCUCGUCGUCCAAGAUGCACAGUACUUCCAGAAGAUCCGAUGGCAGUACAUGAUCCUCGAUGAAGCUCAGGCCAUCAAAUCCUCUAGCAGCUCCAGAUGGAAGACUUUGCUUGCUUUCCAGUGCCGGAACCGUCUCUUGCUUACUGGUACCCCGAUCCAGAACAACAUGCAGGAAUUGUGGGCAUUGCUUCACUUCAUCAUGCCGACUCUUUUCGAUUCGCAUGACGAAUUUAGUGACUGGUUUUCCAAGGACAUCGAAAGCCAUGCACAGAGUAACACCAAGCUGAAUCAGGACCAGCUGAAGCGAUUGCAUAUGAUUCUGAAGCCAUUCAUGUUGCGCCGUGUCAAGGCACAUGUGCAGAAGGAGCUUGGUGACAAAGUCGAGAAAGACGUCUUCUGCGACCUCACCUACAGACAGCGAGCGUACUAUGCCAAUCUGCGUAGCAAGAUCAGCAUUAUGGACCUGAUCGAAAAGGCGACUUUGGGUGACGACCAAGAUACGGCUACGUUGAUGAACUUGGUGAUGCAGUUCCGUAAGGUUUGUAAUCACCCCGAUCUUUUCGAACGAGCCGACACUACUUCACCCUUUUCGAUGUCUUGUUUUGCGGAGACCGCCUCAUUCCUUCGAGAAGGCUCUUUCGUCCAGCUUGCCUACUCUGUUCGUAACCCGAUACAAUACGAUCUGCCACGAGUCCUCUGCAAUGACGUGGGCCGACUUGAUAUUGCCGGACCCAACAAUGCUCGCGCUGGCUUCCGCCGGGCUGGCUUCAAGACUGAUCGACUAGGCGGUCUAAUGAAGAUCUGGACUCCUGAGCAUAUCAAGGACUCUGCGGAGCAUGACGGUGCGUUCUCCUUUCUGCGAUUCGUCGACACGUCAAUUGGUGAAGCGGCCUAUGCAAGCGAGCAUGGUGUCUUUGAACGUGCUAUCAAGAUCAAGCAACAGCACCGCAAUCUGCCAUUGAACGACAACGGAGAAGCAGAUUGGCGCGUGCACGCCUUGUUCAAUAUUGUGGAAAACAGUCCUCGGCUGCCACUUGCUGAACUCGAUCCUAACUCGAACCUUGCUCAGCUUUGCCACGUCUCGAGACAGUCUCUGGACGAUCAAGGCUAUUCUGUCUUUGAGCCGGCUGCUGCACCGAAAACCUCGGCUCCACCAAUCGAGGUCAGCGCUUUUGACCAGUCGUCACAAUCUGAGCGGCUGUUGACCAUGUUCAACAUGAACGUGCGAAGCACCUUCUUCCCGCUUGAGGAGAACUUUGAAGAGAAGCUGCUGGACCAAGACGUGGCUCCAGAGCACUUCCCUGUCUCAGGCCUGCUACCCAAGCCGGAAUCCCAGAAGGCCCGGUACACCCACAUCUCGAUUCCUUCCAUGCGCAGAUUUGUCACAGACUCCGGCAAACUCGCAAAGCUGGAUCAACUGCUACGGGAGCUCAAGAACGGUGGCCACCGAGUCUUGCUCUACUUCCAGAUGACACGCAUGAUCGACCUUAUGGAAGAGUAUCUCACCUACCGUAAUUACAAGUACUGUCGUUUAGACGGUAGUACCAAACUGGAAGAUCGUCGUGACACUGUACAUGACUUCCAGACGAGACCGGAGAUUUUCAUUUUCCUGCUGUCGACUCGUGCUGGUGGUUUGGGGAUCAACCUGACUGCUGCUGACACGGUCAUCUUCUACGACUCUGACUGGAAUCCAACCAUCGACUCCCAAGCCAUGGAUCGAGCACACAGAUUGGGUCAAACGAAACAGGUCACAGUCUAUCGUCUCAUCACUCGUGGUACGAUCGAAGAACGAAUUCGUAAGCGUGCCAUGCAGAAGGAAGAAGUGCAGCGUGUCGUUAUCACUGGUGGUGACGGUGCCGGCGUUGACUUCAACACCCGAGAUCGACGCGAGAACAGAACCAAAGAUAUCGCCAUGUGGCUUGCAGACGAUGACCAGGCCGCCCUGAUCGAGCAGAAGGAGAAGGAAAAUGCCGAAAAGCCGGAGGACGAAGGCAAGAAGAAGAGCAAGAAGGCACAAGCUGCUGCAGCCAGGAGGCGAAAGGCUGAGAUGAGCCUUGACGACAUGUAUCAUGAAGGCGAGGGACAUUUUGAAGACGGCUCACAGAAACCAUCAGGAGCAGCUACGCCAGUCAGCAGUGCUGAAACGCCAGCACCGCAGAAGGGCCCAGGUUCCCGAGGCGGUAAAGGCAUCAGCAAAAAGGCAAAGACAGCUAAACAACGCCUCGCAAUUAUUGACGCCGAAGGUGAUUUGGGAAUGGGUGGUGGAAUGUGAGGACUGAAGCCUGCUUUGCCUCGUCGAAUAACCGAAACACGAGAGUAAUCAGUGUUGGGGUGCACAGGACACCGCUUGGAAUAUUGUAUUUGUGUAUGAUUAUGGAAUAUUGGUCUCGACAAUGUUUUUUUUCUCCAAAAGCAUUGGGGGGCCUUGCAUGGAUUUGCAUUGCGCAAGCAACACAGCGGGUACUGCCAGGUACACUGAGGGAUAUUGAGCUUCAUCCUCUCCUGGACAGCUGGCUUGUACUGAUAUUUGCUUGCUUUCAGAAACAAAGGGCUGGAGAGCAUUAUGGCCGCUGUGUUAUUGUUAUUUUCGACUUGCCGGUACAAAAAGGGAGACACUUGAGCAUAGAACAUGGACAAUACACAAAGGCAUCUGUCCAAGUGAUAUUGCGGACCGGUUUGACCGGAAUAGAUGGAUUUCCGAGCUUUGACUAUGGCGUUCCAAGAAUCUUGUGCCUUGGGACAGGCACGUAGGCAGGAUAGGAGACCUCUACGAGCAAGGAGUGUGCUGUAGGUGCGUCGUCUAUCUUUUUGACAUCACCACUACUCGUAGAAGGCAGUUAUCAAAUCCCAUUGCAUCAUGA